AGCACCGGGCAUGGGUGUCGUGUGCUGGUGCCUCGCUAGAAGGCGGUGGUGCCACGUAAUGGGCUUCUGCUCCCUGCUCUGAGGCGAGGCAGCUUCCUGGGGCUCCGAGGGAAGGAGGGGGAAAGCUCACAGGGGGAGGAUGGUCUUUGUGGAGAGGAAGGAAAGACAGAGUCUAAAAUAUCCUUUGAGUCUUCAGGAGCUUGUUGCUGACUUGGAGGCAAAGGUGGAAAAGGGCCAGGAGAGAAAAUGUGAGAUAUCCUACAAUCUGGUGGGGCUGCUUGCAAACUGGGGACUACAUCCACAAUACCCAAACCUCUAAGGGCCCUGACGUCCUUGGGAGGGAGCGGGGGACAGGUUCUUUCAGUCUGGCUUGGCUAGGGAGAGCUGCGUGGCUGCUCCCUGCCUAUUACACUUCCAGGGCUGGCCCUUGUUUCCUUUCUAAAGCCACAGCAUGAUGCUUUCCACCCUCCUUGCCAUAUUAUGGAGUCUUGUCUUUCAGUUGUCUCCUGUCGCAAAUGAGGACAACCAUGAAGGUGAAAUGGGAAAAAGAAAGGGAAACAAGAACAAGAAGGAAGACGGAGCAGGAUAAAGGUGCAGGAAGAUAUGGGGAAGAAAGUAUGUCUGCCAGAAAGAGGAAGGGCUCCUCAGCUAGUAGCUGAAAGCCCAGUAUAAAUUGGGACCUGUUUUCACACCGGUGUGUGAAGCUGUGAGUCAGGCACAUUCUUCCAUGCAGUGGUCAAGGUAGCUCUCAGGGGGUUGGUUCAGCGGGGCUCUCCUGGGGGCUCUCCAAAGUCUGUCUGAGCUGAGCUGAGCUGACACAGACUUGGGAGCAGAAAUCUGCUUGUUCAUCCACUGUUUCUGUGGGCCCAGCAAGCUCUGGAGGAGCAGCAAAGGAUGAGCUAGUGAAGAAGAGACAUUUCCUCCUGGCUGGCAGAGGUUAUCUUGCACGUACUGGUCUUGAAGGAAAAGGCAAUGUUCCUUUCUUGGCUCUUUCAUGGUUAAGGAGAACAACUGGACAGAGUUUGUGAUGGACAACAUCAGCAAAAUGGACUGGGCAGCUGCAGGUGAGGAAAAGACUUCUCUGGAGCAUCCUGAUGAACUCUCCCCAUUCUUCCCUUGGCUGUUUUGCUGUUAAGGACAGACGUGUUCUGUACAGCAAGGGCAGAAGGCAGGAGGAAGGAACAGGUCUUUCAUAGCUUGAUUUGCUUUUGCUCAGCUUACCUAAAGAUGUCUUACAACCCUUCUCUCAUCAGCCCAAGUCCUAGAGGGGAGCCCAAGGGUGGCAGUUUCUUGGAGGAAAGCAGUGGUGGGGAUGAUGACAGCAAUGUCCUGGGAGGGGACAGCCUGGUCACAGGGCCGCUGGGUGCAGUGUUGCUGGCCAUGUGCCUCACUGGGAUGGUGGGGAACAUCUACACAGUGGCAGUGGCCUCUGGCAGGGUGGCAGGCUGCUCAGCAGGUUCCUUGGGAGUCUACACGAUCAACCUUGCCCUGGCUGACCUCCUGUACCUCUCCACCAUCCCCUUUGUGGUUUGCACCUACUUCGCCCACGACUGGUUCUUUGGGGAUGUGGGUUGCAGGCUUUUGCUCAGCCUGGACCUCCUCACCAUGCAUGCCAGCAUCUUCCUCCUGACCGCCAUGAGCCUGGAGAGAUACUGGGCGGUGGCCAGGCCUCUGCGGGCCAGGCGGGCCAGCAACGCCUACCGCAAACUGGCCAGCGCCAUCCUCUGGCUCCUCUCGCUCCUGCUCACGGCCCCCAUGAUGGUGAUGACCCGACUGCGGGAGGGGAACGGCCCCCACAAGCGCAUCUGCGUCCCCACCUGGACGCCAUCAGCUUUCCGGCUCUACCUGACCGUGCUGUUCACCACCAGCGUCCUGGCGCCCGGUGCCGUGCUGGGCAUCGUCUACACCCGCCUGGCCCGGGCGUACCAGUCCUCGGCCUGGCGCCUGGAGGUGCCGGUGGCCGGCCGGGCCCCUGCCCGGCAGCUCCUCUCCAGGAUCUCUGCCAUCGUGGUGGCCUACUGGGCCUGCUUCCUCCCCUUCUGGGCCUGGCAGCUGGCCGGGCUGUACCAGGGAGAGGGGCUGGGCAUCAGCCCCACUGCCCAGGCCUACCUUAACUUUGCUGUCACCUGCCUAGCCUAUGGCAACAGCUGCGUCAACCCCUUCCUCUACACCCUGCUUGCCAGCAGCUACCGCCGGCGCCGUGGCCGCACCGGGACGGGCGCGGCACGGCCUGCAGCACCCUCUCAGCAGGCUGCGGGAAGCCACAGCAUCCCCCUGGCUUUCAUGGAGCUGUCAGGGUCUGUGAGGGAAAGCGAGGGGUGAGCAGGCUGGAAACAUCUGACCUUUGGCUGGGGUCAUGUUGAGAAAUAAAAGUAUGUCACUUUCCAUGCCAGCAUGCAGUGU